GCUUCCUUUUUUCGAAGAAAUGUUCUUCUUUGGAUCUCCAAUGGAGGCUGAAACAAAGUAACAAACCCUUGAAAAAAGAUCAUUUGAUUUUUUUUUUUGCAGUAAAAUGGAUGAGACGUUCUUCGAUCUAAUGGAGUUAUUGAUGAAGCAAUCGAUAACCGAAACAGUUGUCGACGUUUUGAUAUAUGCCGUGCCUAUAUGGUUAGCCGUAACGAUCGGGCUUGCAAUCGGUUGGUCUUGGCGUCCUAGGUGGACUGGCUUGGUUCUUCUUGGCUUUCGAUCAAAGUUCCGGUUCAUUUGGACCGCUCCUCCCGGAUUCGGAGCUCGCCGACUUUGGUUAGCCUUCACCGCGCUCUCGGCUUUCUCCGUUUUUCGGACGAUUUUCUCUAACUUUAUUAAAAGGAGAUUUAAGGAAGCGGCUUCGGAUUCUUCGGUUCCAUUGCAAUCUCCGCCGCCUACGGCGUGGAUUUCACCGGAAAGUGUUGCUGAUGCUGUUAGCCCCGGCGGUAGAGCUGAAGAAAGAGAGCAGGAUAUUGUCACAGAGAAUGACUUAGCACACCUCUUACAUUUACUCGAAGGGAAAGAUGGGGAGAUGGAAUGGCAAAGGAUGAUGGAAAGGACUACUUCAAAUAUGUCAUACCAAGCAUGGCGCCAAGAGCCUGUGAGUGGCCCUGCAAUUUACCGUAGUAGAACGGUCUUUGAGGACGCAACUCCAGAGGUGGUUCGAGAUUUCUUCUGGGAUGAUGAAUUUCGACCAAAGUGGGAUACUAUGCUCGCAUACUUCAAAACUUUGGACGAGUGCCCUUGUACGGGAUCAAUGAUUGUUCACUGGAUAAGAAAGUUCCCAUUUUUUUGCAGUGAUCGAGAUUAUAUAAUUGGUCGAAGAAUAUGGGAGGAUGGAAAGACUUACUAUUGUGUGACAAAGGGGGUACCAUAUCCUGGUUUGCCAAAGCGUGACAAGCCAAGACGAGUGGAGCUUUACUUUUCAAGUUGGAUUAUUAGGCCUGUUGAGUCUCGGAAAGGCGACGGACAGCUAUCUGCAUGCGAAGUUACUCUUGUACAUUAUGAAGACAUGGGGAUCCCGAAAGAUGUGGCAAAACUGGGCGUUCGUCACGGCAUGUGGGGAGCUGUAAAAAAGUUACACUCCGGCAUGAGGGCAUACCAGAGUGCAAGAAAAACCGAGACUUCAUUGUCUAAAUGUGCACUCAUGGCAAGAAUGACAACAAAGAUCUCUUGUGAUGAGAACAUAAGUUCUCCCGGUCGUGUUUUGAGGGAAGACGAAAACGAUCAAAGUAUGGGUAUUAUUAAGAGGAAGAACGAUAACAGCCUUAAUUGGAAGUGGAUCGCCAUAGCCGGAACCGUGGCGCUGGCUUUCGGACUUCGCUCAGGCGUAAUUGGUAAGGCAUUGUUAGUUGGAGCAGGGCAGAGAAUUGGCCGACGGUGAGAUUUUUUUUUUCUUUUUUCUUUUUACAUUUGAUAACAUUUGUGGUAGUAUCUGGUUUUUUUUAAGAUUCUAAAACAACUGCUUCACAUUCAAAAUUCGCUGAUUCUCAUUGUUCCAGAGAAUUUAUUUAUUGUGUUUUAGUGGAUUUUUUUUUCUGUUCA